GCAUUAUUAACACUGCCUUUUAGAUUUGUUGUUGUUUCUCUGAUUUUUUUUUUUUCAUUUUUCUUCGGGAUCCGAGCUCCCCAGGUUGUUUUACAAUCUUGUUCUGCUUCUUCUCUCGGUCCUCGAUGGCCAACGGUUGAAGUUGGCCUUUCUAUUUUGUGAAUACACCCGAAUGCUCCCUUUUUCCUGAAAGCCUGUUCUUUUGGCGUAAGACCAUGUGCUUUACACUACCAUCAAUUUGUUACCUUUUGCUUUAAUUUCAGGGUUUCCUAGCAUAGUUCUUUUGUAUCUGAUAUGCUCCCUGUGCCUCCUGUUAUCGUUCGCUUUCCGGGCAUGGGUGUUAGUCCCUUUAAGCCCAACGUUUCUGGUAUGCAAGCAUUCAAUUUUCACUUUCUACGUAGUUCUUCUGAAAAUGAAGAUGUUUGAUUCUCUUCAGGAAGUUCAGUGGGUUUAGGCAACCACAAGCAUGACGGGAGUUUGGUUUGUGGUCUUGAUGAUUCUCUUCCAUGGAUUCUGUUUGACCGUGGCGGGCUCGAAUCAUUCCACACGACCCGAUUCUGUAAAUAUUGGGGUUCUCUACUCUUUCAAGACCACCGUCGGUCGAAUUGCAAAGAUUGCAAUAGAAGCUGCAAUUGAAGACAUAAAUUCUGAUCCAUCUAUUCUCGGUGAAACUAAGCUCAAUGUCUCGAUGCAAGAGGAUUCCAAAUACAGGGGCUUUCUGAGCAUUGCUGAGGCCUUACAUCUCACUGCAAAACGCACGGUGGCCAUAAUUGGCCCGCAAAGCUCCGUCACAGCUCAUGUGAUAUCACACAUUGCAAACGAGCUCCAAGUUCCCCUGCUAUCAGUUUCUGCUACGGAUCCCACACUCUCCUCCCUUCAAUUCCCAUUCUUUGUCAGAACUACUCAUAGUGAUCUUUAUCAGAUGACUGCAAUUGCAGAGCUUGUUGACUACUAUGGAUGGAGAGAGGUUAUCGCAAUCUAUGUUGACGAUGAUCAUGGAAGAAAUGGGAUUAGUGUGUUAGGAGAUAAGCUUGCUGAGAGACGGUGUAGGAUCUCUUUUAAAGCUCCUAUGAGCCCUGAAGCAACCAGGGAGGAGAUUACUAAUGUGCUUGUCCAGGUGGCUUUGGCAGAAUCUAGGAUAAUAGUUGUGCACACCAUUGCUGCUUGGGGACCCAAGGUGUUUAAAGUGGCCAAGCAUCUGGAGAUGAUGGGAGCUGGGUAUGUUUGGAUAGCCACUCAUUUUCUCUCUACUCUUCUGGAUACAAAUGGUCCACUCCCCCACGAUACAAUGGACAUGAUUCAGGGGGUUCUUACGCUGCGUAUCCACACACCUGAUUCAGAGCUCAGACGAAGAUUUGUUUCCAGGUGGAAAAACUUGACUCGCGCCAACGACACUGCCAAAAGUAAUGUUCGCCUUGGAUUGAGUACUUACGGUCUCUAUGCAUAUGAUACUGUUUAUGCGCUUGCUCGUGCGCUUGAUAGUUUCUUCAAGCAGGGGAAUCGAAUAACAUUCUCGUAUGAUCCCAAAUUGUCUGAGCUGCGCGGUGACAACUUGCAUCUUGAUUCUGUGAGCAUCUUCGAUCAAGGAAACGUGUUGAGAGAAAGUAUCUAUGAGGUUGAUAUGACAGGGGUAACUGGUACUUUCAGGUAUGCAUCUGAUGGGAACCUUGUGAAUCCAGCAUAUGAAAUCCUCAAUGUGAUCGGGACAGGAUCUAGGAGGAUUGGUUAUUGGAGUAACUACACUGGAUUAUCGGUUGUUGCUCCAGAAGUGCUCUACGCACACCCCCCCAAUCGCUCAGCGGCGAGUCAGAAGCUGCGACCAGUGAUUUGGCCGGGGAACACAGAGCAGAAGCCUCGUGGUUGGGUUUUUCCAAAUAAUGGGAGGCUCUUAAAAAUUGGGGUGCCAGUGGGAUUCAGUUACCGUCAAUUUGUCUCACAGGUACAAGGCACUGACAUGUUCAAGGGCUUCUGCAUUGAUGUAUUCCUUUCUGCGCUGAACUUGCUGCCUUAUGGCGUACCUUAUAGGCUUGUUCCGUUUGGGGAUGGUCACAGCAAUCCUAAUAGCAACGAGCUUGUUCGUUUGAUCACGGCGGGUGUCUUUGAUGGGGCAGUUGGCGACAUUACAAUUACUACGCAGCGAACAAGGAUGGUAGAUUUCACUCAGCCAUUUAUUGGGUCUGGUCUAGUGGUUGUAGCCCCGGUUAGGAAGUCAGACUCCAGUGCUUGGGCCUUUUUGAGAUCCUUCAGUCCGCAGAUGUGGGGCGUCACUGCUAUCUUCUUCCUAGCUGUUGGUGCUGUUGUUUGGAUAUUGGAGCAUAGAUCGAAUGAUGAAUUCCGGGGGCCUCCCAGAAAACAAGUAGUUACAGUUUUGUGGUUCAGUUUUUCGACCAUGUUUUUCGCCCACAGGGAAAAUACAGUGAGCACUCUGGGUCGAUUGGUGCUUCUCAUAUGGUUAUUUGUGGUUCUUAUAAUAAACUCGAGUUACACGGCAAGCCUGACUUCAAUCCUCACAGUGCAGCAGCUUUCUUCUCCCAUUAAAGGCAUUGAAACUUUAGUUGCCAGCACAGAGCCUGUUGGCUACCUGCAGGGUUCAUUCAGUAGAAACUACUUGAUAGAAGAAAUCGGGAUUGAUGAAUCAAGACUUGUUCCCCUGAGGACGCCGGAAGAGUCCGCUAAAGCAUUAAGAGAUGGCCCCAAAAAGGGCGGCGUUGCUGCGUAUGUUGAUGAGCGUGCUUACAUUGAACUCUUCCUUUCAAGCCGAUGCGAGUUCAGCAUAGUAGGUCAAGAGUUCACCAGAAACGGGUGGGGAUUUGCAUUUCCGCGAGACUCGCCUCUGGCGCUUGACUUGUCGACGGCCAUAUUGAAAUUGGCAGAGAACGGAGAUCUGCAAAGGAUUCACGACAAAUGGCUUCUGAAUAUCGCCUGCCUCUCGCAGAAUACCAAGUUUGAAGCGGACGGGCUUCGUCUCAAAAGCUUCUGGGGGCUCUAUCUAAUCUGCGGCGUGGCGUGCUUGCUGGCUCUGUUCGUGUAUGUGAUACUGAUGAUGAGGCAGUACAAGAAGCACCACGCAGCGGCGGUUGAGUCUUGUGCAGGGUCCUCUUCCAGCAUUCGGACUUUCCUCACAUUUGCAGACCAGAAGGAAUCUGAAGUCAAGAGCCGAUCCAAGAAAAGGCAAAUGGAGAGGCUCUCCGGCGGAGGCUCGGAUGCUGGCGGAUCAUCAGCCCUCAAUUCUAACAAUCGAUACCCUCUGUCAUCUUCCAUAACAAACAUAAAUUCCGCCGCUGAAGCCUGACACCUCACUCCCUCUUUCUUCCAUGUAUUCUUGCUUACCACACCAGCUCAAUUAAACUAAUAAAGACACUGUUGAUAUGAAAAGGGUCUUCUUCGACAGUAUCGAUUCACUUGCUCGUGUAUUAUUCUUUUUUCGCUGUGAAAUGUCACCCCGAGUCUCGCAACAUUUUACAUCUUCCAUGUGAAACUCCUGCUGCAAGGUUGGUCUUCGAGUUUAAAAUGUACAAUUUGGUUGAGUA